AUGUCUAUUGCAUUUACAGAUUAUCCUUUGCAUAUUGGAGGUCGAUGUGGGACCAAUUUUGACUGUGAUCCAAAUGGCGCAAAAAUUUGCAUACCACUCAUUGCCAUAAGAGACUGUUUCAUUGACUGUCCAAAUGGGGCUGAUGAAGAGUGCCCUCUGAAUACAAUUUUAUGUGAUUCAAAAAGCCGACGUGGAUGUGGUAAAUGCGUGAAAGCGAAAGAACGCGAUAUACAAUGCAGAGAUCGACGAUGGCGAAACAUUUGUAUGGAACCAAGACAUUUCAAAUGUGUAUCUACCGAUAACUGUAUCUUAAUUCAAUGGAUUGGUGACGGUACUGAUGACUGUGGCGAUGGCUCAGAUGAAGGUGACUUGUGUGCUUUCGGAUUCCCGGGAUGCAAUAAGACAGACGAGAGUGUAAUGGUGCCAUCACCGUUCACAACUGCAACUCAAACACAAAGACUAUCAGAAGAAUGCUCAGAAAGUCAGUUUCAAUGCAUCACAUCUCAUGAAUGCAUAUCCAUUGUUCAUGUCCUGGAUGGUACUGAACAUUGUAACGAUGGAAGCGAUGAAAGGUAUUGUAAAGAAAUGGUUGGAAGCGAAAUGUGCCAAAAAUCACAACAGUGCAGCUUUAAUCCAUCUGUCGCAGCAUUUACUUGCGGUUGUCCAUUUGGAUAUAAACGUUCUAUUAACGGAAUAUGCUUCCCAUUUUUAGCUCCGAGCUUUAGUGCUGACUGUGCUGAUUUGCAAAGGCGCUAUCCGACUGCUGAUUCUGGUGAGUUCACGCUAAAUGAUUGGAGUUGUUCCAAGCCGGAAAUGUGCUCCUUCAUGGCUCGAUGUGAGAUGAACCUACUUGGAGGUGGAUGGACUAUAAUUAUGCAACGCUUUAACACAACGCUCAACUUCAACAAAGACUUACUAGAUUAUGAGGAUGGAUUUCAAAUAGACGAAUAUAAUUUCUGGAUUGGAUUAGAACGUAUGUACCGCUUAACAAAUCGUCCUCAUUGCACUAAUGAAUUAUUGCUAAGAUUACGCACGGCUGUGGAUGGAGAGACCAUUCUUGUUCGUUAUUCGCAUUUCAUCGUUUGCGAACGAGUGUUGGACUAUAGACUAAACUUAGGCAGUAUUGUUUACGGCAAUGGCUUGAAUACGGUAAACGAGUUAGCGGAAGGUCAUUUAUGUGCAUUCGUUAGCAACAGCAACGAUGGUAACAAUAAUAGCAAAGGCACUAUUUCGGAGCAGAAUUGUUUCGAUGGUGGGGGAGGAUGGUGGAAAAGAAGAAGAUGCAAUAGUGCAAUACAGCGAGGAGUACUUACCGCAACAAACAAAGCAUCUGGAAGGUAUCCGGGACUUCGAUGGAAUGGCAAACGACUCUCAGCGGUUCAGAUGCUCAUCCGACCUCGUGGAUUCAUACCACCAGCAAAAAAUAAGCCCAAGUCCGUAAAAGCUGCAGAAAAGCUAAGUUCUAGACAUGAUCAUAAAUAA